AUAGGUCAGUGAGGCGGCCAGUAUCAGGAUGGCUGGCGGCGAGGAGAGGUGUGUGCUGUGCCACCCCGCCCACCACCAGGCCGGGCAGGCGUGUGAUGUGUGCAUAGAGUACCGGGCUUGCCACACUUGCCACGGACACCAGCCAGCGUGCGACGGGGCCAGGACGACGCAGCAGACAGGUAUGAAGCCUGGACCGGACGGAAGAGAGGGAGGAGGAGGAGGAGGAGGAGGAAGGAAAGGUGACGGAGGAGGGGGCGGAGGAGGAGGAGGAGGAAAGGAGGGCGACGUAUCUCUCAACAAAGAACAAAGAGACAAGGCAAAAUUGGAGGGCGGGCUGGAGGAGGGCGGCGGCGUCGGCGGUGAAGGAGGGGAACAGGACUUGCAAGAUGAGGUCCUAAUCUCACGGAAAAUGUCCCUCUCGCAAGACUCAGGCAGCGCCGAGCGAGGUCUUUGGCAGAACAAGUGGGACUACUUCCUCUCCGUGGCGGGCUUUGCGAUCGGGCUGGCCAAUGUGUGGAGAUUCCCUUACCUCUGCUACAUGAACGGCGGAGGGGCGUUCCUGAUCCCCUACGUGUUGACGCUGGUGCUGGUGGGAAUUCCCCUGUACCUGCUGGAGUCCUCGCUGGGCCAGUUCACGUCCUCCUCCUGCCUCACCAUCUACCGCGUCUGUCCCAUCCUCAAAGGCGCCGGCUACGCGACGUUCCUGGUGAACCUGGUGUUCGUGACGGUGUAUAACGUGAUCAUCGCCUACCCGCUCGUGUACCUCGUCAACUCCUUCAGCAGCAGCCUCCCGUGGGCCUCCUGCGACAACCCGUGGAAUAGUCCCGACUGUUGCGGCACGGAGGAAUAUAGGAACCUGACCAGAGCCUCUCCCAACAUGACCUCUGACCUCGCCCCGCCCUCCCCGGCCGACGAGUUCUUCCACAACCACAUUCUGGAGCUGUCUGAGGGCAUGACGGAGCUGGCGGGGUUCAGGUGGCCGGUGGUGGGCGCGUCCGUCUUUACGUGGGUCUUCGUGUUCCUCUGCGUCUUCAAGGGCAUCAACGUCUUCGGGAAGGUGGUCUGGUUCACCGCCACCUUCCCCUUCGUCAUGCUGUUCACGCUACUGUUACGCGGCCUGACGCUCCCCGGGGCCUCGGACGGCAUAUACUUCUACCUCUACCCGAACUUCUCCAAGCUGCGGGACCUCGAGGUCUGGGCGGCGGCGGCGGCUCAAAUCUUCUACUCGCUGGGGCCUGGCUGGGGCAUCCUCACCUCGCUGGGCUCCUACAACAAGUUCCGCAACCGGUGCCAACGCGAUGCCCUGGUGGUGCCGCUCCUCAACUGCUUCACGUCGAUCCUGGCGGGCUUCGUCGUGUUCUCCGUGCUCGGCUUCAUGGCGCACCGGACCGGGACGACUGUGGAGAAGGUGACAGCGGCGGGUCCUUCGCUGGUCUUUAUCACGUACCCCGAGGCGCUCUCCCUCAUGCCCUUCGCGCCUCUCUGGGCCGUCCUCUUCUUCCUGAUGAUCUUCUUCCUCGGCAUCGACUCCAUGAUCGCCCACAUCGAGAACCUCACAGUGUCUCUAGUGGACGAGUACCCGCGACUCAGACCUCACCGCAGCUUCGUCACCUUCUUCAUCUGCUUAAUCGAUGUGCUGGUCUCCCUCCUCUUCUGUACCAGGGGCGGAAUGUACUGGCUGGCCCUGGUGGACUGGUACAGCUCCUCCUACACGCUGAUCCUCAACUGCCUCUGUGAAAUUGUCGUCUUUGGGUUCAUAUACGGGGCGGGACGGACGGUUCGGGACCUUCAAAUGAUGACGGGGGAGCGGAUCAGCUACUUCUGGUACGGCGCCUGGCUCGUGGUCACUCCGCUGGGCAUCAUUUUCAUCUUCAUCAACACGGUGGUGAGCAACGCGCCGGCCAGUUACCGCGGGGAGGUGCUGCCGGACUGGGCGCAGGGCAUCGGCUGGCUCACGGCCGUCACUUCCAUGGCCGCCGUGCCCGCCUAUGUCAUCUACUACCUCACCUGUGGCACUACCGGCUCCCCGUGCAAGCGCCUUCAGACCGGGUUCACGCCCAAGGACUCGUGGGGGCCCGCUAACGAGUCUCACAGGGAGGAGUGGCUCGCGCUGUGCCGCCAAGAGCCGCUGCGUCACCGCCUCCUCCACCCCGACCUCUCCUUUCCACGCCCAAGACCCUCAGCCUACGAAGCCGUCCCCCUCAAGUCUCCCGCAAAGUCCAAGGUGCCCAAGAUAGCUCAGGUCUGACUUAGCGGUGGAGCAUAACACAGGGUACUCGAAGGACAAGAGACUAUACAGUGUUAACAAGAAAUAAGGCAAACUUUGAGAUGGAUGUCCCGUUGCAAAAGAUGAAUAUGCAAUACAGUGUUACAAAAUAAGGAAGGAAGACGAACUUUAAGUAAGAAGGCUCGUUGCAAAGGCGAAAUAAGCAACGCAAUGAUGCCAAAUGAAGAAGGAAGACGAACUUUAACCUGUUGCAAAGGAGAAAUAUCGUGGAGGAGGCGGUCAAGUGGUCAGCGUGGGGGCGUGGUGAGCCCGAGGACCUAGCGUGGACUAUGUUCGAGUCCCACCGAAACACGCUGAUUUUUCAAACCAUCGCCGAGUGUCUGAAGAUGACCCCCAUGCUGCCCAGACCUGCCGUCAACCCUGAAUUCAGCGACCUCGGUCAAGAGGAUCACCGGAGGGCAGCACAGGCCAAGCGAGAGUCAUACAUCACGGCAGCCACUAUAAAUAUAAUUCGCCUGCACCACUAUUGGGCUGGGGCCGUCCAAGGGGCAGCAUAUAAAAAAAUACUGUUACAAAUUAAGAAAUAAGACAAAGGUUAAGAUGGAAGUCUCGUUGGGGAGGAUGAAUAAGCAGUGCCGUGUUAGUAAAGGAAGAAAUGAGACGAAUUUAGGAAUGAAGUCACGUUGGAUGUGGCCGAGUUUCCACAAGGCACCUUUGGACUUUGGCGCCGCACACUGCCGGCUCCCAAGGGUAAGGCCGCACCGUAUAGUCAGAGGGAACAGUCUUUUCAGCCUUAUUAGUCGUCGUUGUCGUGGUGGCCGCCGCACGGGGAGGCGUCGUGGAAGGUUCAUCUUGUGGUCACGUUCUUAAACUCCCCUCACGACUGUUUCACAAGGCCACGGAGAGGAUCAGCCGCCCGGGUCGUCAUGGCUGAUGUGAGGUCAGGAUUAUGGACAAGAUGCAUUGGACAGGGAGAGUUAGAGUCGAUAGGGAAAAGGUAAAAGUACAGUUGAGGGCAUACGCUAUAGCUACGCGUGGCCUCGGUCCUCAUCUCCGUCCCAUUGACCUUUGAACUUGCGAAAAAAUAAAAAUAAAAAUGAAAUAAUAAAAAAAAUAACUUGUAAGAAUAUUCACAGCACAUUGCACAACACACGUAGCCAGUUACAUGUCAGAACACGUUUUAUUUCUGUUGUUG